UACAAUUAAAACCAUAAUACUCUUUGACUUCUAGAGUUAGACAUCUCUUUGCCUCCUUUUUGUUGAUUAUUUAAUUAGUUCUUAACUAACACAACUUUAAAAAUCUAAUUUCCUUUAUUUUAAUUGUUUAAUAUUUAACAUCUUCAAAAUGAAUUCAUUAUCACUGUUAUUAUCUAUUCUAAUUGUCUCAGCUUUUUCAGUUGGUCAGUCCUGGUCAGCUAAUUGUCACCUGAAAGAAUUGGAUUAUUGUGCUGCAUCUUUAAUUGUUCAGCUUCAAAACCAAGCAACUCCAACAACCGACGCAGCCAUUGAUUCAUAUUGUUCAACAAUUAGAGAUGCUCAUGAUUGUGCUUCUAAUUAUACGGCUAAAUGUGCGACCUCCUUACAGAGAGAGUUGAUCGACUUUGUCGCAAUCGGAGGUGUUGCCGUCGUCAAAGAGUUUUGUACUCCUGGUAGUCCACUUCGAACCAAUUAUUUGGCAAAUGCUAAAUGUCUAUCUGAGGCCAAAAUCGAGGCUAAACGUUGUACCAACGAUUUACAAGUAGCCGUUGAGGAAGUGAUCACAACCUCAUGGGAGAAACGAAUUCCUCUUGGAUGUUGUGCCUUCAACCGAUUCCAAGAAUGCUCCUUAUCGAUUGUCAAGUCGCGAUGUGGUCCAAAUGUUGUCGACUUGGGUCGUAAAGUGAUGUCCAUGACCACAUCUCGAAUACCCGAAACAGUUUGUCGAUCUUUCCCGACCAAAAGUCCACUUUGUGUCAACAUUUUACCGGCAACCGGUGAGACACCGAAAGGGAACAAAUCAACCAGUCUUAUAGCUCGACUAUUUGCCACCGCCGUUGGUAAUUAAUUGUUUACUCGACGAAGAAAAUAUUUUAUUUACAAUUGUAAUUAUUUCAAGCGAAACUGUGAUAAUUGACCAAUGGUCUUAAUGACACGAAGAUUCUCAGCAAUUAAGAGAAUCUUCAUUCUAAUAGAUGUUUUUAAUUAACAAAGAGGUAACUAUUUACUUCCUCUAAAAAGAAGCAACAAUUUAUCAAUAAAAAUACAUUUCUGACAAUCAAA